UAAAGCUUUUCACAUUAGUCUACCAUAAAUUGAAGCUCCGGCGUAUAGAGACAGAGGACUUGUCAAGAAAGAAAGACAGAUAUACAGACUGAAAGCUAAAUAUACUUGCUGAUAAGUAUUAAAAUGAUGGAGGAAGGGGUUGACCAGUCGUCUUAGGAGGGGCGUAACGAGUUUACCUGCAGGAAGUCAACAAGAGUUUCGAUGAAACCAUUAAGUGAACAAUGUAGCGAGCAUCAGAAGAAAAGCGUUGGGGAGAUGCCGAGUGAGGAGACGAGAACAGCAGCACCUGGAAACGGUGUGACUGUGAACGCAGCUCCUACGAGAGAGAGUCCAGGACAGCAGAAUGGGACUGUGUCUUCUCCUGAUGUCCCCAGGCCUGUAUCCCAGACUCAAUCUGAGCACCAGCCUCCAUCCUCUACACCAGCUGCUCCUGCUCAGCCUCCCAGAGAACAGUGGGGCGGCAAAUAUGAAUUUCUGCUCUCCUGUAUUGGCUACUGUGUGGGCCUGGGAAAUGUCUGGAGGUUCCCCUACCUCUGCUACCGAAACGGAGGAGGUGUGUUUCUCAUCCCGUACUUCAUCAUGCUCUUCUUCACGGGAAUGCCGCUCUUCCUCAUGGAGCUCAGCCUGGGCCAGUAUGGAGCCGCAGGUCCCAUCACAGUCUGGAAGUGCUGUCCCCUCCUCAAAGGGAUUGGAAUAGGGAUGCUAUGUGUGUCCAUUCUUGUGUGUCUCUAUUAUAAUGUUAUUAUCGCUUGGACGUUCUACUACCUGGGCAGUUCUUUCCAGAGCCCUCUGCCCUGGUCAUGUGAUGCUCUUCAUAACAUUCCCCUUUGUCAAAACAAAACUAAUAUCACCCAAAGUCCCUCUGAGGUCUUCUGGAACGAGAGGGUUCUGGGAGUAGUGAACAGCAAAGGGCUGCAUGAUCCCGGUCCAGUGCGUUGGCCUCUAGCUCUGUGCUUGCUGGCUGCCUGGGUCGUCAUUUUCCUUUGCAUGCUCAAGGGUAUUCGCAGCUCUGGCAAGGUGGUGUAUGUGACUGCUACCUUCCCCUAUUUUGUGCUGGUGGUCCUCAUCAUCAGAGGGGCCACCCUUGAGGGCUCUUUAAACGGUGUCGCCUUCUACCUCACUCCAAACUGGGCCCAUUUGGCGAAUGCACAGGUUUGGAAUGAUGCUGCGUCACAGAUCUUUUAUUCUUUGGGUAUUGGGGUUGGUGGACUCCUGUCAAUGGCGUCUUACAAUAAAUUUGACAAUAAUGUCAUCAGGGAUACUCUAAUCAUCACCAUAGGGAACUGCGGGACUAGCUUUUUUGCAGGCUUUGCCAUUUUCUCUAUCCUGGGACAUAUGGCUUGGAGGAAGAAGGUGCCUGUGGGUCAGGUGGCUGACUCAGGUCCUGGUCUGGCAUUUGUUGCCUACCCAGAAGCCCUGGCUCUUCUCCCAGGAUCAGUGUUUUGGUCCAUUCUGUUUUUUCUCAUGCUCUUUAUGCUGGGAGUGGAUACACUGUUUGGUAACAUGGAGGGGAUCUGUACAGCUGUGCUGGAUGAGUUUCCCCAGCUCAGAUCCAAUCUGAAGCACAAGACGCUGUUCCUGGCGCUGCUCUGUUUCUCCUUCUAUCUGAUGGGCCUGCUGCUCAUCACUGAUGGUGGGAUAUACUGGUUCACGCUCAUAGACUCCUUCAGCACAAGCUUUGGUCUCAUCAUCAUUACUCUCUUCAUGUGUAUUGGCAUCUCAUUCUUUUAUGGGGUGAACCAGUUCUGUCAGGACAUUGUGGACAUGAUCUGUCGCUGUCCACCCUGGUGCACAAAACUGCUAUUGUACUUCAAAGCCUGCUGGCUGGUUUUCACCCCCUUCCUGUUAACGUUCAUCCUGACCUACAUCUUCAUCGAGAUGUACCGUACGUCUCUGCGCUACGGCACCUAUGUGUUCCCGACCUGGGGCAAAGCGUUGGGCGUCUGUAUGGGUGCCUUCUGCUGUCUGCAGAUUCUCAUCUGGGCCAUAGUGGCCGUCAGUAAAGAGUCUGGCACUCUUAAAGAUCGCUUCCAGAAAUCUAUCCGUCCUCUCAAUUCCUGGCGCGUUAACAACAUAAACACGACCUCUCAGGAGCAGCAUGUGGAGCCUCAGCGUGUUGAGGGACCCUUCACGGUUAACCUGACUGAAGCGGACUUCACCGCCAUGAACUGGGAGGCCAUAAGCGAGGCAUAACACUGCACCAAGAGUUGGGAGGUUACAACUGUGGGACAUCUCAAAAGGACAAGUACUGUAUGGUGAGGACUUCUGUUUGGAGAAUCAUGCACACUCUCUCACCAGGCAAGCUGGAUUAAAAUGAACAUUUAAAUGAUCGUAUAAAAAAAAACAUUUAUUUCUAUUUGUUGUUUGGUAUAGUAAGGGGCAUAAUGCCAAAACCAGAGAAACGCAAAGGACUUUAGGAUUCUUUGGCUGAAUUCAUGAUGUCUUAAGGAUUCCAUUUCAUGCUGUUCAUCAUGUCAUGAUGUCAUGUUCAAGUCUUUUCAUCAAAGAGUGUUUAGGCUUAUUUUAAAAGGUAACAGAUCUAGUAACAUGAUCUGUUUUUAUUCACAAGAGCCAGGUCAAACCAAAUCAGGUCAAUGUCUAUAGGUGAGAUUGUUUAACAAAACAGAACUUGUUUGACAUAGUAACUGUUCACACAAAUAAACUGUAGUACUAGAGGCCUCGUAAAGCUUCUUUAGAUUGAUCAAAUAUGCUGUAUAAAACAUAACUUUUUUGAAAUGCCACAAAUCCAGCAAAUAAAAUCAAAAUGGUUCCAUGAACUGUUCUCAGCAGAUGCUGUUUGUAAUUCAGGGGCAGAUUCAGCUUAUUUCAGUGGUCUACAAAGGCUGUGCCCACUAUGAAUAAAGCAAACUUCCUUAUGACAGAAGAGGCGCUGAAACAGGUUUGUUUAUUCGGUGCACUAUGGUAACAAUGGUAAACCUGACCUUGUUGGGGCUUUGUUGUGGACACUAACUCAUCGAGCUAUCUUGAUUAAGAUGGUUUCUCUGAGCGUGCAUAGCCAUUUAAUGUUCUGCUCCACAGCGGCUGAUGCAAACAAACCUUCAGGAGACGUUAAAUACACCAGAGCAGUGUGUACAGAGUGCAGCGGCGGAAGAAAAGCUCUGGUAUUCAUGGUGUUCAGCUUAUUAGCCUGCAUGAACAAUUCAAGAAUUUGGUUUCUAUAUCCACUCAGUGACUGAAUGUGUGUGGUGUUGGGUCUGUCUGCUGCGUUGGUGUAUAUUUCACAGUGGAUUUCUGUGAACAGUGAUGGAAUAGCCACUUCCUGUAAAGGUUAACAUUUAGAGAUUUAACAGCUCCAUGACGCAAAGAGGUUUUCAAAAAAUGCAAUGCAGAGGAAGUUACCCAAUAAACCUGCUUAGCCCUGAGAACUAUCAAACGUGUUA